GGUGGCCGCGGAGGAGAGCGCCGUGCGCCUGCGCCGGGCUGCGUGGCGCGGAGCGGGGCCGGGCCGUGUGGAGUCGGGGCCGUCGGAGGCGCUGGUGAGGGAACGCCGAGCGGUCGCCGCAGCCGCCGCCGCCGCCGCCGCCGAGAAGCCCAGGUUCCGGCCGCGGGAAAGCAGCGUCUGGUGCCGACAAGAUGGCGGACGGGGAGCUGAACGUGGACAGUCUCAUCACCCGGCUGCUGGAGGUACGAGGAUGUCGUCCAGGAAAGAUUGUGCAGAUGACUGAAGCAGAAGUUCGGGGCUUAUGUAUCAAGUCUCGGGAGAUCUUUCUCAGUCAGCCUAUUCUUUUGGAAUUGGAAGCACCGCUGAAAAUUUGUGGAGAUAUUCAUGGACAGUAUACAGAUUUACUGCGAUUAUUUGAAUAUGGAGGCUUUCCACCAGAAGCCAACUAUCUUUUCUUAGGAGAUUAUGUGGACAGAGGAAAGCAGUCUUUGGAAACCAUUUGUUUGCUAUUGGCUUAUAAAAUCAAAUAUCCAGAGAACUUCUUUCUCUUGAGAGGAAACCAUGAGUGUGCUAGCAUCAAUCGUAUUUAUGGAUUCUAUGAUGAAUGCAAACGAAGGUUUAAUAUUAAGUUGUGGAAGACCUUCACUGAUUGUUUCAACUGUCUGCCGAUAGCCGCCAUUGUGGAUGAGAAGAUCUUUUGUUGUCAUGGAGGACUGUCACCAGACCUGCAAUCUAUGGAGCAGAUUCGGAGAAUUAUGAGACCCACUGAUGUCCCUGAUACAGGUUUGCUCUGUGAUUUGCUAUGGUCUGACCCAGAUAAGGAUGUGCAAGGCUGGGGAGAAAAUGAUCGUGGUGUUUCCUUCACUUUUGGAGCUGAUGUAGUCAGUAAAUUUCUAAAUCGUCAUGAUUUAGACUUGAUUUGUCGAGCUCAUCAGGUGGUGGAAGAUGGAUAUGAAUUUUUUGCUAAACGACAAUUGGUGACCCUAUUUUCAGCCCCAAAUUACUGUGGUGAAUUCGAUAAUGCUGGUGGAAUGAUGAGUGUGGAUGAAACUUUGAUGUGUUCAUUUCAGAUAUUGAAACCAUCUGAAAAGAAAGCUAAGUACCAGUAUGGUGGACUGAAUUCAGGACGUCCGGUCACUCCACCUCGAACAGCUAAUCCACCGAAGAAAAGGUGAAGAAAGGAACUGUGUAAAGAAACCAUCAGAUUUGUUAAGGACAUACUUCAUAAUAUAUAAGUGUGCACUGUAAAACCAUCCAGCCAUUUGACACCCUUUAUGAUGUCACACCUUUAACUUAAGGAGACGGGUAAAGGAUCUUAAAUUUUUUUCUAAUAGAAAGAUGUGCUACACUGUAUUGUAAUAAGUAUACUCUGUUAUAAUAUUCAGCAAAGUUAAAUCCAAAUUCAAAAUUACCCAUUAAAGUUACAUCUUCACUUAUCACAGUUUUUAAAGUUGAAAAGCAUCCCAAUUAAACUAGAUGUGAUCGUUAAAUCAGAUGAAAGCAUGAUGAUCCAUCUGUGUAAUGUGGUUUUAGUGUUGCUUGGUUGUUUAAUUAUUUUGGGCUUGUUUUGUUUUGUUUGUUUGUUUUUGCUAGAAUAAUGGCAAAUAUUUUAAAUUUUUUCCCCUAAACAUUUUUAAAAGUGAAAUGUGGAACGAGCUCUAAAGACAUUCACCAACUAUUAUUUUCUCUUGCUUAGUUACUUAUGUACCUGUUUAAUCUUACUAAGAAAGCUUAUGCUUCAUUGCUGUGAAAAGGAAUUUUAGAGGUUGAUAUUUUAAAAGUAUGCAAACUGUCCAAUCCAGUGAUUUAAUCAACAGUUUGACUGGGCAAACAUUAUAGCUGAUAGUGAAUAUUUUGCUUCAUACAGAAAUUGCCACAGAUAUGGAUUUGUGCACUCUAAUUUUUAACUGAUUGAUGCUGUAUUGUGCAGUAGCAUUUCAUUUAACUUUAAGAUAAAGUUCAUAUAGUAUUACCCACCUAGUUGGUAAUGUGAUUAUGUGGUACCUUUGUUUUAGGUUUUAAUUUGCACGAAACACCUUUUGGCAUGCUUAACUUUCUGGAAACACUCUCACCUGCAUCGAUUUUGUUUUUUGGGUUUUUGUUGUUUUUUUGUGUUUAGAUCCAUAAAACAUGGGAAUCCUUUUUUUGAUAAGCCUUGGAAAGCUGACUCCCUUUCUCUGUACGAAGGACAUAUUUAAAUGAAUGCUGGUCAGUGGGAUAUUCUGUCAACUAUGGGUAUUGGGUGCUUAACAGUCUAUUAAUGCCAUGUGAAUGUUGUAUACAAUUGUAAGGCUUAUGUCACUAGAGAUUUUUAUUCUGAUUUUUCAUGAUCAAAGUCCAUAUGAUAUUGUAUAGACAUGCUUUGUAGUGAACUAUAGUAGCAAUAAUUUCUGUACAUGAUCAAGGGUUUUUUGCAGCAUUUCUUCUCUCUCUCUCUCUCUCCCCCUCUGCCUCUCCCUCUCCUUCUCUCUUCCUCCCUCUCUCUCCCUCCCUCCCCCCCCCCCCUUUAAGGGUUAGCAUUAACAAAUGGCAAGACUAGAAAAGUGAACAUAAAGAUUUUAUAAGGAGAACUUAGAGGACACAGAUUUGUGAUUUUUGGGUGCGAUACUUUUCGAUGUGAUUCUAAAAGCUUUUAUUGAGCAUUGUCAAAUUUGUAAGUUCAUAGGGACGGACAUCAUAUUUAUAAUGCCCUUUUUAUGUGUGCUACCAUAGAUGUGAAAUUCUUGACCUUAAUAUUGUCGUUAAAAAUGUUAAAUUGAGAAUUCUGUUAACUUACGUUUUAUGAAUUGGUGUAUUGUAUUACUGCAAGAGAUUUGAUUUUCAGCUCAGUGCAACGUUCUUUCAAAUGCAUAUGUCUUUUUUUCUAAUUCCAUUUUGUUUUAAAGCACAUUUUAAAUGUAGUUUUCUCAUUUAGUAAAAUUGUCUAACUGAUA